AUGGCCACAGCUGCCUCGAAUCCCUACAGCAUUCUCAGUUCUAGCUCCCUAGUCCAUGCGGACUCUUCGGGCAUGCAGCAGGGGAGUCCUUUCCGAAACCCUCAGAAACUUCUCCAAAGUGAUUACUUGCAGGGAGUUCCUAGCAAUGGGCAUCCUCUCGGGCAUCACUGGGUGACCAGUCUGGGCGAUGGAGGCCCAUGGUCUUCCACACUGGCCACCAACCCCCUGGACCAGCAGGAUGUGAAGCCCGGGCGCGAAGACCUACAGCUGGGUGCGAUCAUCCAUCACCGUUCACCGCACGUCGCCCACCACUCUCCGCACACUAACCAUCCGAAUGCCUGGGGGGCUAGCCCGGCUCCGAACCCGUCCAUCACGUCCAGCGGCCAACCCCUUAACGUGUACUCGCAGCCUGGCUUCACAGUGAGCGGCAUGCUGGAGCACGGAGGGCUCACCCCACCGCCAACCUCUGCCUCUGCACAGAGCCUACACCCCGUGCUCCGGGAUCCCCCAGACCACAGCGACCUAGGUUCGCACCACUGCCAGGACCACUCAGACGAGGAGACACCAACCUCGGAUGAGUUGGAACAGUUCGCCAAACAGUUCAAACAAAGAAGAAUCAAGUUGGGCUUCACACAGGCCGACGUGGGGCUGGCGCUGGGCACAUUGUACGGCAACGUGUUCUCACAGACCACUAUCUGCAGGUUCGAGGCCUUGCAGCUGAGCUUCAAGAACAUGUGCAAGCUGAAGCCGCUGCUGAACAAGUGGCUGGAGGAGGCUGAUUCGUCAACAGGGAGCCCGACCAGCAUUGACAAAAUCGCCGCUCAGGGCCGUAAGCGCAAGAAGCGAACCUCCAUCGAGGUGAGUGUCAAGGGCGUACUGGAAACGCAUUUCCUCAAGUGUCCCAAGCCUGCCGCGCAGGAGAUUUCCUCGCUGGCAGACAGCCUCCAGUUGGAGAAAGAAGUAGUGCGUGUCUGGUUCUGUAAUCGAAGACAGAAAGAGAAAAGAAUGACUCCACCAGGGGAUCAGCAGCCACAUGAGGUUUAUUCGCAUACCGUGAAAACAGACACGUCCUGCCACGAUCUCUGA